AUGUCCUUCUUUGGGGGAAGGUGGGUCGCAGAUGACCCCCGUUCGUGCCCUUUGAUGGGCAUGACCAAAGAGUUUGUCUUUUCUGGCAGGAUCCUCUGUUUAUCAUACCUUUGCAAUCUCAUGGGGCACGUCUUCAAGGCCGCCGAAGAGUCGGAAGUCGAGGGUGGCCGUCAAAAUCAAUGA